ACUGAGUAGUUCUAGCUCUCACAAGUGUUACGAAGAAAUGUCUGAAAACGUAGAUACAGAACAGUUUAAUGCUGACGAGUUGCAGGCACCAGAGUGGUUAAAUUCCGAGUUCAUAACCGAAGUUCUCAGCAAAUACGAAAAUGUUCCCGAGUUAAAAGUAACCGAUCUGCAGAUAUCCCCGGCAAGUGCCCAGGGAGAUCACUAUGCUAGCGUCAUGUUCCGGGCCAAAGCGGAGUAUACAACGCCGAAGGGCAAGUUCUCCAAGCCCCUGAUCAUCAAGACAAUGCCCGAGCUGGAGGGUCACAAGAAGGAUAUGCUGAGUGAAUCCUACGUAUUCACGACGGAAAUCGGAGCCUACUGCACAGCUCUGCCCGAGUUCGAGAGGAUAUUGCGGGAAGCAGGAGAUAAAACUAAGCUCUAUGUACCCUGCCUGUAUCAUAGCAUGGAGCCGCGACAGGUGAUGAUCUUCGAGGAUCUGGUGCCACUGGGCUACUCCGUCAUACGGGGUCGUCCUGUCACGGAGGAGGAACUGAAAAAGGUCUUCGCCAAGCUGGCUAAAUGGCAUGCGGUCAGCAUGAAGGUGCUCAAUGAGCGACCUAAUUUCCUGGCGGACUUUAAAUACGGCAUCUUUGAAAUGCCGACCAUCAAGACGGAUCCCUUUGUGACCACCGGCAUGGCUCGCUUUAUAGAAAUGCUGGACCAAAAACCCGAAUUCAGGAAGUACAAGCCGCAUUUUGAGAAGGUCAAGGAUGUUUAUCUGGACCGAUUGGCCGAUGAAAUGCAGGAAUAUCGCAAGAAUAGAAGUUCCGAUGGAUACUAUGUCCUUUGCCACGGUGACUUUCAUCUGCGCAACAUGAUGUUCAAGGAGAACAAGCAGACUGGUGCUCCCGAGGACGUCAUGCUGGUUGACUUUCAGUUCUGCAAUAUCUGUCCCAUUACCGUGGACUUGACCUAUUCCAUAUAUAUGCUGAUGGAGCCAGAACAGCGCAGGGACAUGGGCAAGGAGAUGAUCCACCAUUACUUUACUGUUUUGGUGGAAACUUUAAAGAAGAUUGGCUAUAAAGCAGAAAUGCCAACCGAAGCUAGACUUUGGGAACAAAUUCAUCGCAAUCGGUAUUAUCAUUUCUUCAUGAUAAGCACUUUGCUCCCCAUGAUGCUGGCCCUUAAAUCAAAUGCCUUGAAAAUGAAUGAUCUGAUUCAGGAUCCCGAAACCCGCAAGAAGUCUUACUUAUUGGAGAAUUAUCUCAAAGAUGUCGAAUUGCUUUUGCCCAAAUACGAGGAGCUGGGCCAUUUUAAGGAUCUUUGAUGUGCCCUUUAAAUUAUUGUUGUAGCUUCUUCAUGAAUAGAAAAUACAUUUAUUAAAUAUCUUACCAAA